CCAAUACCAUUUCUUUACUCGCUUUCAUACGACGCGGACGCUACAUAGUGAAAGUGCGGACCUCUUUACCAAAAAGUGACGUGUUUAAAAAGAAAGUGAAUUCGAAGUGCACGGUUUAAAUUUGGAACGCGAGAAUUCAAAAUUGUGGAAAAAAAGAAGAAAUAGAACAGUUUGAAUUUUCAAAUCGAAGAUAGAACUGAAAAUAAUUUUGAAAAGAGAACGAUAUAAAAACUUCAAACUUUGAAAAUAGAACGCGAAUUCAAAAAUGGCGGUCUCGUACGCGGUUUCCCGCGUUCUUCGGCGGGCGUCGCCGUUCCUUUUCCAAAAAAGGUGCGAGUCGACUAUGGCCAGUUUGACGAAGGACGAGAUCCUGAUACUGCUGAGGCCUCCUUUCACGAAUUGGAGCAAUGUCAUCCAAGAUGCGGAGAAAGUGGUCGGGUAUCCAACCUCUUUUAUGAAUUUACGAUGCUUGCUGAGCGAUGAGUUCGCUAAUAUGGCGCUUUAUUUGAGGAAAUUGCUCGGCAGCAACCAUCUUGUGAUGCAGACCGCCAAAAACGUCCUCUAUGGAGACUCCAAGAACCUCCAGCCCUGGGGCCUCAUCAUCCUUCUCCUCUCCAAGUCUGUCAGAACCAACAUCGCAGUUACCAACCAGACCAAAACCAUCGAAGAACAGCAGAGGAUCCUCGCAGAAUUGACUGAAAUGAUCCGCACUGGACACCUGAUUCAUCAAGGCAUCGUCAAUGUGCCUUUUGCGAAACGGUCUAAGCACACCGAAUCUGCUAUUUUCGGCAACAAAAUUGCCAUUCUUUUGGGUGAUUAUUUGCUGGUAACAGCUAACGCUAUGCUAGCUGGACUCAGGAACUCCGACGUGUCUUAUAUCAUUUCUACGGCUUUAAAAGACUUGUCUGAAGGUGAGUUCUUCGGAGAGAGAGACGAGCAGAAUCAGCCUAUACCUGGUAAGCCCCAACAGACUGGAGAAGACUUCGAAAUAGAGUUUGAUACCAAUUCUAUAUCAGUCAAUGAAGUGAUGGGGAAGCCUAGGAAAGAGUGGACUGCUAGGAGCGUGUUUAAUGGUGUCAGCCUUUUAGGCAGAGGCUGUCAAUCCGCUAUGGUCUUGGACAGGCAGAAUAGAGAGACCCAGAAUAAUGCUUACCAAUUCGGCUGUCAUGUAGGUCUCGCUUGGCAGGCAGCUGUCGAAAUGCAGCAGCUAACAUCUGACACCAAAGACCAGUUCUGUCUAGCAAGCGCUCCUGUUCUUUUUGCUUUGGAAGAUAACCCGGACUUAUACAAAUUUAUCGACCAAGCAAAAAACGACGUUAAAGACGUCGAUUAUGAAGACUUGAAGUUUAAUAUCCUAAAGACAGAAGCUGUUGAUAAGACCAAAAUGCUGUAUGAGGAACACGCUAAAAAGGCUACGGCGUAUAUUGAGAAUAUUGGGCAGAACGAGGCCGUGGAUAUGAUUAAAAAACUGAUUAACACCUUCUAAAUAGGGUAUCAAAGGUGUUAACAGUCUGUAUUGUUAUUCUUUGCAUGAACGCUCUGUGGAUUUUUGAAAUUAGAACGCAUGUCGUCCUUUGUUAUUUGCAUAGCGGUGACUAGGAUGUAGAUAGUUUCAAGUUCUUUUUUCAAGCUGUCAAAGAUUAUUGAAGGCCAGAAUCAUCAUUAUUGUUAUAUUCAAAUUAUUUUUAUUUAAUUUUUGUUGUAUAGCUUUUAAUAAAUAGAUACGUAUUUGUUUUUUGUCACAUAUCAAAACUUAUUUCAGUCACCUUUCACUUAGGUAAUUUAAUUUAAUUAUUUUUACUUUGUUUUUAGAAGAUGCGUGUUUCCUUUUCUAUGAACAUAGCAAGUAGGUACUGCCUUGAAUAGUUGGGUAAAACCAUUUUAAAGAAAU